AAAACAACGUUGAAAUCGACUUCUGAGCUCUACCGCUCAAAUAAUUCCCAAUAAUUUGAAUUUUUCGACUGAAAUUAAACCCGCUCUGUAUUUUGUUCAUCGUCGGAAACCUCAAAUUUCCCGACCGACCUGAAUGUAGCCAUGGCCGCUGCCGCCGGCUACGAAAACCCCGACGAGUGGGAACUAGUGAACGACGACGGUUUCGUCCACAAGCGCAGGAAGCGCCCCCGCACCGACACCGCCGCCGCCGCCACCUCGUCCGCCGCACCUCCGCCGCCGGAUCCGGCCGUGGAGAGGAAGCACCUUCGCGAACGGAGGAAGAGGACUCUCCUGAAGUUGAGAGACAAGUACUUAACAGAGAUCAGUCGGUGGGAACUUUUGUCGAACACCUUGAAGGAUAUGGAACAGAGCGCCCAGACACACUCACCGGAGCGCCGGCAGCUGCAUUCCACAGCGUCGUUUGGUGGAGCCUCCACCUCAGAAGAGCAUUCCGCGUCGGAUUCAACUCGCCGGAGCAUAGUUGACGAUCUCCUCUCUCAGGUUGAAGCACAAGAAGCUAUAAUCGAAAACGUAUCGAAUUUAUGCGACAUAGCUGAAAGAUUGUGCAUUUCACAAGAGGAAAGAUUGAGGCAGCAGCUAACCGACCUGCCUAUAUGGGAGCCUUCGCCGCACGAGCUCAUGGCUGUAUUAGGUGAACAACAAUAGUCUUUCGUUUUAGCAAUAUCGUUUAUGUAGUGAGUGCUCCGAUUUGAAAAGAAAAAAAGAAGUACAGUUGCUCAAAUUUGUAUCUCGUGUGUAUUCGAAAAAAAGAUUUGUUUCCUCAUCGGUUAUAUAAGUAGAGUUGAUGUUUUAGAUAUAGAAACUAGGGUUUGCCUUUGCUGUGACUGAUUCUAGUGUGAUAAAGAAUGUUCGAUAUUUUAGGUGUUUGAGAAUUGAAAUCUGUUUUUUUCUUGAUUUCGUGCUUCCACCGUUUAUGCCGUUGAGUCUUGAGGCUGAAGGGUUUUUUGAUGUUGCUUUCGAGUGGAGACAGACGAAAACAGUAUUCUAGUGUUGGCUUGAGUUCUUUGUAAGAGGGAAUUAACAGUGAUAAAUAAGGUAUGAUUGUUUUCUUGGUGUUGUAUUAUUGAUUUAUGCUCGUAUUAUGAAAUCGAUUUGUGAAGUAAUAUUGAACAAAGGA